UACCAUGUUAUGUGCAAAAUGGGGGCGGUCCAAUCACGGGACAUGGUGUCAAGUAAGAGUGGCACAGCAGCAGUCACAGAGCUAAGUUUACCACAAGCAGAGACUAAGUCUGGACUGUCUCGGAGAGGUUUUUCCUAAAAACUUUUUGUUUUCUUUAAGGGGGUAAAAGGACAAAGGACCCAUGAUGCAAUCUUGUGCAAGGUGUGGGUUUGUGGUGUACCCAGCGGAGAAGAUCAACUGCAUUGACCAGAACUGGCACAAAGCAUGUUUUCACUGCGACAUCUGCAAGAUGGUGCUGACAGCCAACAACUUUGUCAGCCACAAGAAGAGGCCAUACUGCUCAGUACACAACCCGAGGAACAACACCUUCACCAGCGUGUACCAGACGCCCGUCAACAUCAACGCCAAGAAGCAAAGCAAUGCCAGCAGCGAGCUGAAGUACCGUGAAGAAGGCGAUCGUUUUAUGUCCACGUUCCACCAUGACAUGCGGUCCAUGGAGCUGGAGAAAGCUCGUCUGGCCAAUCAGACCUUCAAGUCUCAGUCGGAGUUCUCCCAGCAGCAGUCGUGGUACACCAACCAGGAGAUAGUGACUAUGUCCCAGGCCCAGAACACUGUCAGUGAUGUAAAGUACACAGAGGAGAACGAGCAGUCUAAAGGCAAAGGCAGCUUCCCCGCCAUGAUCACACCAGGAUACCAGGCCGUGAAAAACGCUAACACGCUGGCAAGCAACCUUGAAUAUAAAAAAGGACACGAGGAGAGAGUUUCAAAGUACACCGCCUUUGUCGACCCCCCGGAGGUGAUCCUGGCCAAGAAACAAGGACAGAUUGUCAGCGAUUAUGCCUACACAGAGGAGUACGAGCAACAUAGAGGCAAAGGCAGCUUCCCUGCACAUCUCACGCCAGGGUACAAGAUGUCAAAAAAGGCCUCAGAACAGGCUAGCAAUAUAAAGUACCGUCAUGUGUACGAGCAGGAGAUUAAGGGCAAAGCCAGUGCAGACGCGGCGGCGAUUGAUGUGCUCCACGCCAGAGAGAACGCAGAAAACAUCAGCCAGAUUGCCUACACAGAAGCGUACGAGCAGCAGCGAGGCAAAGGAAGCUUCCCUGCGAUGAUAACCCCCGGUUACUAUCUGGCAAAGAAGGCUCAGGAAAACGCCAGUGACCUGAAAUACAGAAAAGAUCUAAAUAAGAUGAAGGGAUCAUCGCAUUACCACAGUCUGACCUCCGAGGACAACUUGGCUCUGAAGAACGCUCGGAAAAUCAACAAGCUGGUCAGCGAGGUGGAAUAUAAGAAGGACUUGGAGAACAGCAAAGGUCACAGCAUCAAUUUCUGCGAGACGCCACAGUUCCAAAACGCUGCCAAAGUGGCAAAAUUCACAAGUGACAACAAAUACAGAGAGAAGUACACCAGCGACAGGGGUCACUAUGAAGACUCUGUAAUGGAUAAAAAGACUGUGCACGCCAUUAAAGCCAGAAAGCUGGCCAGCGACAUCACGUAUAGACAAGGUCACGACCAAGAUCAAGGUGAAUACACCUACCAGGCCACGCUAACACCAGGCUACCGCAGUCAAAGGAAGCUGGACCCGUUAAAAGACAAGAUCUACAGGCAGCACAUUGACCAAGUCAAGUACAGCGCGGUGACGGACACACCGCAGAUCCUCCUGGCGAGGAAAAACGCUCAACUCAUCAGCAAUCUAAAUUACAAAGCGGACUAUGAGAAUACCAAGCACCUGUACACACUCUCCCAGGACCUGCCCCAGAUCAAAAAAGCCAAAGACAAUGCCGCCUUGUGCAGUGGCAUUAGAUAUAAAGAGGAGUGGGAGAAGACCAAAUCCAAAUCCUGCGACAUCGGCGUGGACGACCUUCGCGUCAAAGCAGCAAAGGCUUCCAGAGACCUUGCCAGUGAUCUGAAAUACAAAGAAAGCUAUCUGAAGAACAAGGAAAUAGCCGUGGGCGUCAACGUGAGCGACUCAAAGACUCUGCACUCGCUUCAAGUGGCCAAGAUGUACAGCGACAUUGCGUACAAGAAGAGCUCCAAGGAGAACCAAGCCCGGUACAGCUUGCCUAUGGACAUGGUCAACCUGAGUCACGCUAAAAAGGCCCAAGCGCUGGCUAGCGACCUGGAAUAUCGCACCAGGCUCCACGACUACACCGUCAUGGCCGAUGACAUCAAGGUCCAGCAGGCCAAGAAGGCAUACGCUCUGCAAAGCGAGAACCAGUACCGCACGGACCUGAAUUGGAUGAAGGGAGUGGGCUGGGAGGCGGAAGGGUGCCUUGACAUCACCCAAGCCAAGAAAGCCGGUGAUCUGCUCAGCGAUACUAAAUACCGCCAGAAAGUGGACAGCAUCAAGUUCACCCAUGUGGCGGACAACCUCUCCAUCAAACACGCCAAGAAAAGCCAGGAACUGCAGAGCAACCUGGCGUACAAAGCAAACACUGAGCAGAUGAUGCACCAGUACACCAUGAGCAAUGAUGAGCCACUAUUCCGACAAGCAAAGGCAAACGCCGACCUUCUCAGCGGGAAAGUCUACAGAAGCCAAUGGGAGAAGCAGCGGGAAAAGGGUUUCGACCUGCGACUGGAUUCGCUUUCCAUUCUAACCGCCAAAGCCAAGACAGACCUGGCCAGUGAUGUUAAAUACAAAGCGCAGUACGAGAGCAACAAAGGCAAGGUGAUCGGAAUCAAGUCCGUCAGCGACGAUUCUCAGAUGGCGCACUCGGCUCUGGCCACCAAACUACAGAGUGGCCUCUACUACAAGAAGAACUAUGAGGACACCAAGACUCAAUUCAAUGUCUCUCUGGAUAUGCUGAAUAUCAGCCAUGCCAAGAAGGCCCAGGACCUGGCAACAGACAUCAACUACAGAACGUUCCUCCACGAGUACACGACCCUGCCGAUGGACUUGAACAUCACCUGGGCAAAGAAGGCCUACGGACUCCAGAGCGAUAAACUGUACCGAUCAGAUCUUAACUGGAUGAAGGGCGCCGGCUGGGAGGCCUCAAAAUCUUUGGAUGUCCAGCAGGCCAAAAAAGCCGGAGAUCUCGUCAGCGAGAAAAAGUACCGUCAGGAUGUGAGCGCCUUGAGGUUUACGAGUGUUGAAGACACCCCAGAAAUGGUUCAGGCCAAACUCAGCAACAAACUAGCCAUUGAUAGGUUGUACAGGGAGGAGGGAGAACACAUGAAGCACAAGUACACGCUCAACGAGGAGCUGCCAGAGGUUGUGCAGGCCAAGAUCAACGCCAUGAACAUCAGCGAGAGCCGUUACAAGGAAUCUUGGACUCGGUUACGCGACGGCGGAUACAAACUGCGCCUGGAUGCUAUUCCGUUCCAGUCCGCCAAAGCGUCUGCCGACAUUCUCAGCGAUCAAAAAUACAAAGAGCAGUUUGAGAAGACCAAAGGGAAGAUGAUCGGUCUCAGGGGGCCGCAGGACGACUUGAACAUGGCUCACUCUGUUUACGCCAACAAGCUGCAAAGCGACAUUAAGUACAAGAAGGAGUCAGCCAAAGAGCUCUCCAAAUUCCACCUUCCCAUGGACAUGAUGGAGGUGGCCCAUGCCAAGAAGGCCCAGUCUCUGGUCAGCGAUCAGGACUACAGGCUCACCUUGCAUCAGUACACGUCCCUGCCUGAUGACAUGACGGUCCAGGCAGCUAAGAAAGCAUAUGCGCUGCAGAGCGAGAGGAUAUAUCGCUCUGACCUCAACUACCUGCGGGGUGCCGCAUGGAUCGCUACCGGGGCCCUGCAAAUCGAAGGCUCAAGAAAGGCCACCGACCUCAUCAGUGAUAAAAAAUAUCGCCAGCAGCCAUACAACUUCAAGCACACCUCUGUUGCUGACUCGCCUGACAUCGUCCACGCAAAACUCAGUGGACGCAUCACAAAUGAGCGUUUGUACAAAGAGAAAGGGGUGAACGACCGGCACAACUACACCAUUACGGCGGACAGACCGGAACUCACUCAAGCAAAGAUCAACGCGGCCAACUUUAGCGAGAUUAAGUACCGAGAGUCCUGGCACACUCUGCGGGCGCAGGGAUACAAGCUCACCAUGCAGGACAUCCCGUUCCAGGCCGCCAAGACGUCCACAGGCAUCGCCAGUGACUACAUGUACAAACACAACCACGUGAUGGACAAAGGGAAGCACAUCGGCUCCCAAAGCGUUUCGGACGACACAUACCUGCUGCACUACCUGCAGGCGGGCCGGUUGGCCAGCGAUCAGGAGUACCGGAAGGAUGCUCUGAUGACCAGCGGCCGCUACCACUUGACCCCGGAUAUGGUCCACCUCGUCACGGCUAAGAACUCUCAGGCCCUGGCCAGCGAUCAGGACUACAGAACGAGGCUGCACGAGUACACGGUGCUUCCGGAUGACAUGAAAGUCAAGUGGGCCAAAAAGGCCUACGACCUGCAGAGUGAGAAACGCUACAAGUCGGACCUGAACUUCAUGAAGGGUGUGGCCUGGGAUGGAGUGGGUGCACCUCAGCUGGAGUCGGCCAAGAGGGCUGGGGAGCUCAUCAGUGAUAGGAGGUAUCGCCAGCUGCCCGACAGCCUGAAGUUCACCUCGGUGACCGACUCCCCCGAUAUCGUCCACGCUAAGACGAGCUACCAGCAGUGCAAUGAGAGGUUGUACAAGUCGGGGAGGAAUGACGACAUGAACAAGUACACUUUACACCCGGACGAUCCAGACUUCGUCCGAGCCAGGAUGAACGCCCAGCACAUAAGUGACAAAGUGUACAAGGCUUCUGGGGAGCAGGUGAAGACGCUGGGCUACGACUUGAGGUUGGAUGCCAUCCCCUUCCAAACAGCAAAGGCCUCCAGAAACAUUGCGAGCGAUGUGCAAUAUAAGGAGUCUCACCUGAGGGAGAAGGGCCAGCAAGUGGGGCUGCGCUGUGUGGAGGACGACCCCAAAAUGGUGCACUCUCUGGCGGCCAGUAAGCUCCAGAGCAACCUGGAGUACAAACGGCAGUCCAAGGAGGAGCACUCCAAGUACAAAAUCCACGCCGACCAGCCCGAGUUCCUGCUGGCCAGGAAGAGCCAGGAGCAGGCCAGCGACCUGUCCUACCGCCACAAGCUCCACGACUACACCUGUGACUCCCAGCAGCUCAACGUCAAGCACGCCAAGCAGGCCUACAAGCUGCAGAGCGACGUUAACUACAAGUCGGACCUGAACAGGCUCAGGGGAACGGGCUGGACCCCUCCUGGUUCCCACAAGGCCGAGCUGGCCCGGCGGGCAGCCGAGCUGGGCCUGGCUGAGGGAGUGACUGCCGAUGAGGCCAUCGCCAAGUACCAGCACAUGUUGAUGAUGGUGCACUACCAGCAGCACCAGUUGCAGCAGCAGCAGCAACAACAACAACAACAACAACAACAGACGUCAGAGCAGGUGGAGACCAGCGAGGAGAUCCACCGAGGCGUCAACAUGGACGCCACGGAGGUUCUUCACAAGAAGAAGACCUACCAGACUGUGCAGAAAAAGACCACCAGUACCACCUUCAAAUCUAUGGAGACAAAAUCCUCCAGCAGCAGCAGCAGCAGCACAGUGAAGACGUCCAGUAAAGCUAACGCCAUAAAAGACGUUUAGGGCAGGAGAACUUUGUGUGAAGGAGGAUGUUUACAUGAGUAAAGAUUGAGGCGAGAUUGAUCAUCAAUGAAGGAAUCAAGCAUGAGCAAAAAAUGUCAUCAACAUGGUGGCCUUUUUAGAGAAAUGAGGCAGCAGUAGGUUACUUCUUACUAUACUUUUUUUUAAAUUCUCAAACUCCUAUAACAAAAAUACAACUUUUGUGAUUAUUUAUGAUAGCCCGAAAAAAAACGAUCUUGAAAGGAAAGGAAAAAAUAUAUAUUUUGUAUUCGAAAGUAACUCCAUUUAAAAAAAAAUUAACAGUAAAUUAAACUUAUUGGAUAACUAAUGUUUCAAAUUAUAUAUUUUUAUAAUAUUUUAAUAUGAAAUAAAUAACAUUAACAAGAUAUAUAAAAAUGAUUUACUAGUAAAUUAUUGUAAUGCUUUGUAAGAAUAAAAUAUUUAGAAAAAGUAAAAGGAAAUAUUUUUUACCUAGCUUUAAAUAAUAAAUAGUAUUUUAAUUAAAUGUAACUAGUCCCUCCUGACCCCCUAAAAAUGUUUGGCAUAUUUUAGCUUUCAUUUCCGCCCCAAGGAAGGUCGAAAGUCUGCAGCCUGAAAAGUCAGACAGCCACUCUUAAGUGAAUUACUUCUCUGAAUUGCAUGUAAAAUGGAAAAAAUAAAAAAUAUACACUACCGUUCAAAAGUUUGGGGUCACAUUGAAAUGUCCUUAUUUUUGAAGGAAAAGCACUGUACUUUUCAAUGAAGAUAACUUUAAACUAGUCUUAACUUUAAAGAAAUACACUCUAUACAUUGCUAAUGUGGUAAAUGACUAUUCUAGCUGCAAAUGUCUGGUUUUUGGUGCAAUAUCUACAUAGGUGUAUAGAGGCCCAUUUCCAGCAACUAUCACUCCAGUGUUCUAAUGGUACAAUGUGUUUGCUCAUUGGCUCAGAAGGCUAAUUGAUGAUUAGAAAACCCUUGUGCAAUCAUGUUCACACAUCUGAAAACAGUUUAGCUCGUUACAGAAGCUACAAAAAUGACCUUCCUUUGAGCAGAUUGAGUUUCUGGAGCAUCACAUUUGUGGGGUCAAUUAAACGCUCAAAAUGGCCAGAAAAAGAGAACUUUCAUCUGAAACUCGACAGUCUAUUCUUGUUCUUAGAAAUGAAGGCUAUUCCACAAAAUUGUUUGUGUGACCCCAAACUUUUGAACGGUAGUGUAUAUCAAAAAAAACUUUUUACAACAGAGUGCCAUUUUUUUUUGGUAGCUGUCCUACUGGCUGCUAAUACAAAAUGGCCACUGUGUUGACUUGAAAAGUUUCAUAGUGGGAAAAUGGAAUCGAUCGGAACUUUAAGUAAUAUAAAUCAAAUGUGCAGGCGACCAGUCUAGGGUGUACCGCGCCUCUCACCCGAAGUCAGCUGGGAUAGGCUCCAGCGUACCCACGACCCUAGUGAGGAUAAGCAGUAUAGAAAAUGGAUGCAUGGAUGGAUUUUAAUCAUGCAAGAGAGAGAGAGAAAGAGAAUAGAGAAUAAAGUUAAGUUGGCAUUUUGGAUUUUGUGUUAUUCGGAACUGGAUUGAAUAUGAAGGAGUUUUUCAAAUUCAUAUAGUUGCUGUCAACAAAAAGUACACACAAUAAUGUCCAUGUUUUCUUAGCAGGCUUUGAUGAUGUCAUCAACUCUCUAAGUCUGGCAGGUUCAGCUUUGGGAGUUUGUGACGCUAAAACUCAAAGCUGGGCUCAGAGUAAACCCUGGAUCUUGCUGCUGCAAUAAAUGUUUUCUUCCAAAUGUAUCCAUUUUCUUCUUCUUUCCACUUUCACUCUGAAUAGUCCUAUAGACUAAAGAGUUCUAUUUGCUCUUCAUUUGGCUUUCCCUCCUUUUUUUUUUAAAUGUGACAAUAACAAUAGAAACUUUGUGAGACAUAGCACUAGCCUAACUGCAAACGU